AUGGCUGCUGAGUGCCUGCUCCCCUGGCCCCAGGAGGUGGUGACCUUCAAGGAUGUGGCCGUGGACUUCUCCAUGGAGGAGUGGGAGCUGCUGGACCCUGGUCAGAGGAAGCUCUACAAAGAUGUGAUGCUAGAGACCUGUGGGAACCUGGCCUCUUGGUAUCUUUGCACCUGGAGCAAGGAGAAGCCAUGUGGAUGGUGGGGAAAGGAACUCUGCGAGCUUCAUGUUCAGGACUCGGUGGUCUUCGAGGAUGUGGCUGUUAACUUCACCCUGGAGGAGUGGGCUUUGCUGGAUUCUGCUCAGAAGGAGCUCUACAGAGACGUGAUGCUGGAGACCUUCAGAAACCUAGCCUCAGUGGAUGAUAAGACUCAAUGUAAGGCCAAUGGGUCAGUUUCUCAGCAGGAUAUUUAUGGGAAUAAAAUGUCCAAAGAACAUGAAAUAUCAAAGUUCACUGGAAAUGAUUCCUGGCCCUUUGUCUUAGGAAAAAUUUGGGAAGAACUCAGCAUUGAAGAUCAGUACACAUACCAGAGUAGACCCCCAAGAAAUCAUGUGGUGGAAAGACUCCAUGAAAGUCAUGAUCAAUGUAAGGAAGGCUUCAGUCAGAUUCCAGAUCUUAACCUGUACCAGAAAAUACUCACUGGAGUAAAACGGUAUGAAUACAGUCCAUACAAAAAAGCCUUCAUGUAUCGUUCACUCAAGAAUCACAGCACUGCUUGUACUGGACAUAAACCGUAUCAAUGUCAGGAAUGUGGGCAGGCCUACAGUUGUGAUUCACACCUAAGGACGCAUGUGAGAAUCCAUAAUGGAGAAAGGCCCUUUGUGUGUAAAUUAUGUGGAAAAACCUUUCCGCGUACUUCUUCCCUCAACCGGCAUAUCAGGAUUCAUACUGCUGAGAAAACCUAUGAAUGUCAGCAAUGUGGGAAAACCUUCAUUGAUUUUUCAAGUCUUACUAGUCAUGUGAGAACUCAUACUGGAGAGAAACCAUAUCAAUGUAAGGAGUGUGGGAAAGCUUUCAGCUACUCCUCAACUUUUCGAAGACACAUGAUAACACACACUGGAGAGAAGCCCUAUAAGUGUAUGGAAUGUGGGGAAGCUUUCAGCUACUCCUCAACUUUUCGAAGACACAUGAUAUCACAUACCGGGGAGACACCACAUAAAUGUAAGGAAUGUGGGGAAGCCUUCAGUUAUUCCUCAGCUUUUCGAAGGCACAUGAUAACACAUACGGGAGAGAAGCCCUAUGAUUGUAAACAGUGUGGGAAAACCUUCAUUUAUCUCCAGUCCUUUCGAAGGCAUGAAAGGAUUCACACUGGAGAGAAACCUUAUGAAUGUAAGCAAUGUGGAAAAACCUUCAUCUAUCCCCAGUCAUUUCGAAGACAUGAAAGGACGCAUGGCGGAGAAAAACUCUAUGAAUGUGACCAGUGUGGAAAAGCAUUCAGCCACCCAUCCUCCUUUCAAGGACACAUGAGGGUGCACACUGGAGAGAAACCUUACAAGUGCAGUCAGUGUGGGAAAACUUUCAACUGGCCCAUAUCCUUACGAAAACACUUGCGAACUCACACUAAAGAGAAACCCAAUGAAUGUAAACAGUGUGGAAAAGCCUUCAAUUUAUCUGCUUGCUUUCGAGAGCAUGUGAGAAUGCAUCCUGGAGACAAGUCUUAUGAAUGCAAGCUAUGUGGGAAAGCCUUCUACUGUCACCUCUCCUUACAGAAACACAUGAGAAGGCACACCGCUGAGAAGCUUUAUGAAUGUGAGCAAUGCCAGAAAGCUUUCAGUUGGCCUGAACUUUUGCAGCAGCAUGUGAGAACGCAUACUGCAGAGAAACCUUACGAAUGCAAGGAAUGUGGUAAAGUUUUCAAGUGGCCCUCAUCCCUACCAAUACAUAUGAGAAUGCACACUGGAGAGAAACCAUACGAAUGUAAGCAGUGUGAGAAGGCCUUCAGUUGUUCCUCAUCCUUAAGAAGACAUGCAAGGAUACAUACUGUGGAGAAACACUACAUAUGUAAUGGGGAAAAUCCUCCUGCAAAUGGAUUCAUGCACAGUGCUUCAGAAAAUUCACAUGAGGAGAGAAAUCUUAUAAAAGUUGCAAAUCUGGUAUUGCCUUUAUGA